GGCAAAAGAGCAGAGGGCAGAACUGUCGUCUAUUUUUGCUCCAAAUUUAAACGUAUUUAAAUUUAAACGUAUUUAACUCCAACAAAUUGUUUAUUAUGAUCGAAUUAAAAACCAUUAAGUCGCAAACGACGUUCAAUACUCUAAGGAACUGAUUACGUGCCUGUGGCCUACGUGAGCGCAAUCACGACAUCUCUGAUCCGAACAUUGUUGUUUGGCAAUUAAGCAUGUGUUGCGACGACGAAGAGUAAGGUUAGGAGACCCAGCACAGUAGAGAACAUUUAUUUACAUCCCCCGAGGGGUCCUUUUUUUCCUUCUUGGAGUCAAAUGCUGAGAUUUCAUUUGAACUUCACGUCCUGUAUGUCACAUUACGAUAAUCAAAGCAAGUCCAGGUAAAUAGCAAAAAGAAUCGGAGCAAUGGCAAAGAUCGUAGAAUCGCUGAAGAGGCUCAGCGUGGAAAACGGCUCAACGCGGAGGCCCGAGAAGAGCAGUAGACUCGCCAAGUGCAAGGGUGAGUAUGUGGUUUCGAUCGAGGAAUCCGUCAGCAGUGAUGACCAGAACUACAUCCUAGCGAUUUGCGGCACACAGAGCGAAUCAGACUUCAGGGUUGCUGUGGCACUGGCUGAUCAUUCCUGCGUUGUUUACACUGCUGGGGAGAGCUUUGGUAAAACCGCCACGCUUAAACACAACCAGUCUUCUAUUAUAGGUGUCAAGUUUAGUCAUACUUCACGGAAUAUUAUUUACAUUGCCUCUAAUGAUGGAAACGUCACUGCCUGUGAUUUGCGAGCUAAAGGGAAGGUCAUAGCUGAGUUCAAAGAUAACACAGAAGAUGGAAAACUCAAACCUCUUGCCAGCUUCGAUGUCAGCUGUGACGAAAGGCUUAUAGCAGGUGGAACAGAACAUAUUGGGGGGGAUGCCUUUAUACUUUUUUGGGACAUUAGAUAUAGUAAUUCCAAACUCAAUGGUAAAAAUAACCUGCUGGGUGGUUAUUGGGAAUCUCAUAUGGAUGACAUUACAUCUCUUGCAUUUCAUCCAACUAAAAGGGAUGCACUUUCAUCAGGCAGCACAGAUGGCCUCAUUAAUGUCUUUGACUUGACGCAAACUUCAGAAGACUCUGCGCUGACAUAUUCCCUUAAUACGGAAUCAUCAGUGGAUCGGAUAGGUUGGCUUACAAAUGACAAUCUGUGGUGUACAACACAUACGCAUUCACUUCAACUCUGGAACUGUGAAGAUGCUACUCCAUACAAUAAGUUUGACAGAAGCAAUGUUGCUUUGUCUCAGAAUGAUGACCCUGACAGCUGUUACUUAGUACGAAUACAUGCUCCAAGUACAUUUGGUAAUCCUUACUUGCUCGCUGGAUUGAGCUCAACAAAAGGGGAGUUCCUCAAAUGCCUAAGUUUUGGAAAAAAUCAAUUAGAGCCAUUGUAUAAUGUAUCAGGAAACAAACAAAUUGUCCGUGAUAGUUGGUUGCAUGAAAAGAGCGGAUGUUUAGUUACGGGAGGUGAAGCAGGUAUUCUGAAUAUAUGGAGGCAAACCGAGCCAGCCCUGAUUCAAAGAAAUGCAAAUCACAAACGGCCCGCAAAAAUUGGAGCUGAAAAAAGUCGAAGUGACAAGAAUCACAGGACUAAACCAUAUUAAAACUGCACAUAUUUAAUAUAUAAGAAUUAGAUUUAUAUUUUGUAAAUGAUAAACCUUUAUAAGGAUGAAAAUUUAAUUAAUAUAAGUGUAAAAUUAAACUAAAACUUAUGAAAAUUUUCCGAUUUUUUGUAAUUUUGUUUUUCAUGCUAAAACUAUUUGCAUUUGCAAUAUUUCUGUACAGUUUGUUAGUAAUUCAUUUUUUAUAUUUUUCUAAUGUGUACGUAGAUGCUUUACACUUCAGCUGUUGCCAUACAAAAAUAAACUAAAUCAUGACGUUGAA